ACACUCACCAAGCCAUGUCCUGUCAGGUUUAAACCUGUUGUUCUCAUCAGUCCACGGAGAGAAACGUUCACAGCGUAUUGUCAUAACAUUACUGGUAAAGGAGGAGAACGUCCAGAAAGUCCAGAUCACAAAUUAGACAUUACAAUGAAGAAAACUCUCAUACAAGUGAUGGGUUUCUUGAUCUCCACCACUGGUUGGUUCUUUGUGUGCUGCACACUGGCAAUGAACUACUGGAGGUUUACCUAUAUAGGUGGACAAGGAGGCUACUGGGUCAUCAAGGCAGCGUGGUACUGGACCACUCUCUGGAGGGACUGCUACACGGAUACGACAGCUGUUGACAACUGCAGGGAAUAUGACGUCCUGUGGGUAAUCAACCCCAGAAAUACGGCUGAAAGAGGCUACAUCCAGACUGUGCGAGGUUUGGUGCUGUUUGGAAUGGCACUAGGCUUUUUUGCUGCCAUAUUUUGCUUUAUUGGGAUGGACUGCACAUACAUUGGUGGCAGUGAGAGAACCAAUGAUAUAAUAUUAUUGACAGGAGCGCUUUUUCAUUUUAUUGGAGGUGUGGCUGAUGUGGCUGGUUAUUGCUUAUUCACAAUUAGAUUAGGAAGAGCAGCGUUUGCACGCAUGUCUUCAAGAGGCGUCCUGAGGUAUCAGAUAGGGCCUCCAAUAUACCUUGGUUUUGUGGGCAGCUUCUGCAUAAUCCUGGGCUCUAUUUUGUAUGUGGUGACUGUCUACAGAAUCCUCGUGCCAAAGAGGAAAGUGGACGCAUCUAUGCCGAGAAAGCCCAUGACCGCUAAAAGUUACGUUCCACUGGCCAAAAGUAAAACAUUAUACACUGAAGACCACACAGCAUCGAUUCACUCCGAUCUCUCAAGGCCCUUAAGCAAGUUAAGUGGUCAUGAGUCCAGAGUUUCUCAUAUUACAGAAAUUUCCGACAGAGAUGAUUUUGUUUGAACGUUGAAUUAUUCAUAUCCUUUCAUAACAUUGAAAAUAAUAGUGUAGCACAGUCGUCCUGCAAUCAUGGACUUUGCAUCACACUUUGUUUACAUAGCAAUGGUUUUAAUUGAUUCACUAAUAUCAUCACUUUCAGAACAAAACCUAGCAUCGCUGACAUUUCAAAAUUAUAGAAGAAUGAAAGAUCCUUCUUAACUUUAAUGUCUGGUAAUGUAAUGAGAUUUUAUUUUAAUUUUAAUUAAUAGCUUCUUUUUUAUCGGUUCAUUUAUGAAGUGUUCAUGCAAAGUAAAGGGCAACUGACAUUUUCGAAAAAGUUGUAAAAUAAAGGGAAAAAAAUCAGGACAUCAGGUUUUGAUAUGACAGUGACUAUAUUGUCAUGUAUUAUUUUGUAAAGUAGCGUAAAUAUAAUAAACAUAUCACAUCAGUGAAAUAUAUCACAGAUUGAAGAGUUCCUGAAAAUAAAUAUUGCUUUUAUUGUAUUUUAUAUUUUUAUAACUGUCCACGCAAAGUAAGCUGGACUUGAGAAAUGAUCCUGGGUGAAACAGAGUACAGAGCAAGCUAAGAGAAAGGUUCUGUUAUGUGUUCUGCAAUAACCGUUUUGUGUGUUCAUGUUUUCAACCAAUAAAGUCACUUCAUUUGCACAGUGGAAUGCACUUGCAUAACACAGA